GCUCACUCACUUGCUCCUCAUCAUCUCUCUUCCCUAUCUCGCUCUCUCUCCAACUUACACACAACCCUAUAAACACCUCGCAAAGCUCAAAUCUUUUUCCUUUUUCGUUCCUCACUUCUCGGAUCCGGGUCCUAAAUCUGGGUCAACCCUUUUUAUGAUUCUGAAACUGGAUCGUUGGAAAUGGAUCCUCCGCUAGUGAACGAUUCCUCCUUCUCCGCAGCCAAUCCUUCCUCUUACACUCUCUCCGAGAUUUGGCCAUUCCCUGUAAACGACGCCGUUCGCUCGGGCCUCCGUCUAGCGGUUAAUUCCGGUGGAGCCUUUUCUCGGUCUGAGUUAGUUGAACAUUCCGGCAACAAAGACAUAUCGCCGGCGGAGGAAUCUACGGUCACCGACCUAACUGCAGGCUGGGGAGGAAGAAAGACUAGAGAUUUGAACUCCGAAGACGAUUCUUCAAAGAUGGUUUCUUCGAGCAGCAGCGGUAAUGAAUUGAAAGAAUCGGGCGGUAAGAAAAGAAAAAUUUGUGGGUCUGAAAGUGGAAAUGGGGAUGGUUCGAUGAGACCUGAAGGAGAAACAAGUUCGGGUGGUGGAAGCAAAGCAACUGAACAGAAGAACAAACCCGAGCCACCAAAGGAUUAUAUUCACGUGAGAGCAAGAAGAGGACAAGCUACUGACCGGCAUAGUCUAGCAGAGCGAGCUAGAAGAGAAAAAAUCAGUGAGAAGAUGACGGCUCUUCAAGAUAUAAUCCCGGGAUGUAAUAAGAUAAUCGGAAAAGCCCUUGUGCUCGAUGAGAUUAUCAAUUAUAUUCAGUCAUUGCAGCGGCAAGUUGAGUUUCUGUCAAUGAAGCUAGAAGUUGUUAACUCGGGUGCAAGUACUGGUCCGACAAUAGGAGGUUUUCCUUCAGGAGAUCUUGGGAUUUUACCGAUAGAUGUUCAUCGAACAAUAUAUGAGCAACAAGAAGCUAACGAGUCCCGGGGAUCUCAUCCGGAGUGGCUCCAUAUGCAGGUUGAUGGGAACUUUAACCGAACCACAUAAAAAUCUCUUCUUUGAUGGUUGUGUUUUUCUAGGCAGUAAAAAUGAAUGCAACCUCUUUUUUUUUUUUUACUGUGUGUCUAUCAUUUUGCUGUUAAGUUUGUUAUAUCAGAAAAAUAGAUUUGAAGGUGACCGACCAGACGGAGAGAUUAACACUUUAUAAAACAUUGUUGUAUUGUCUGUUAUAACUUGUAACAAUUGAUUCAGUGACGCAGUGAUCUUAUAUGUAUGUUGCUCUCAAA